GGAAGUUCUGAGAAUUUCUUGUCUCAGGAUGUCAAAAGGAACAUCAAGUAUUACUUACCCGGUAGGAGGAGAAAUUGAGUUUGUCUGUGCUUCUCAAAGCCACCAACGAAGGCCUAGUGCCACAAGAAUCAGCAAUGUUAGUCUAGAAGACAUUACGAGCACGCUGCUAAAGACUGAACAAGUUGCUGCUGAAUGGUUGCAACUAGUAGCAAAAGUAUUUUGGAAAGGAGGUUCUACGUUUGAUGCAUGGCUGAAUGCAUCCUCGGCUCAGAUUGCUCAAGUAUUGCUAACCUUUCCAUACUCGUUUGCACAAAUGGGCCUCGCCUCUGGAAUGGCAUUCAUGCUUUUGUAUGGACUUUUAGGAUGCUGGUCUUCCUACACAAUGACAUGCCUAUAUGCCGACUAUCGAAAGCUAAAAGAGAUGCAAAACGUCACUUUUGAGCAUCAUACCAUUCAGUGGUAUGAGGUGCUGGACGGUCUUCUAGGCCCCUGGUGGAAAGCAGCAGGACUUAUAUUCAAUGGCGCUCUCCUUUUCUGCACAGCAACCAUUCAACUCAUAGCCUGUGGAAGCACAGUGUACUACAUUGGCGAUGAUCUGGACAAGCGUUCUUGGACAUUGAUUUUUGGUGCCUGUUGCUCGUUGAGCAUUCUCAUCCCCACUGCACACAACUAUAGAAUGUGGUCCUUUGCAGGAAUUAUCAUGACGACUUACACGGCAUGGUAUUUAGCUCUGGCUUCCCUAUCCAUAAAAAGAGAACCAUCUGUGACACACCAUGGACCCGUAAGCACCGAGGAAUAUUUCACAGGAGCAACGAACUUCCUAUACGCAUUCGGAGGUCACGCAGUUACAAUAGAAAUCAUGGAUGCGAUGUGGGAGCCCAAGAAGUUUAAGAGCGUGUACGUCUACGCCAUUGCCUACGUACUUUUGAUCCUUUUGAUCCCGUCCGCGGUGACAGUCUACUUGAGAUUCGGUGACAAAAUGCUGAUAAAUCCCAACGCUUUCGCUGUGCUGCCAAAGACAAAGUUUAGAGACGCGGCCGUGAUUCUCAUGGUUAUCCACCAGUUUAUCGAGUUUGGACUCCUCGCGAUCCCCAUCUAUAUCAUCUGGGAAAAAUUUCUAGGAGUCCAUCACAAGCAGUGUUACAUCAUGAAAGUGAUAGCCAGAGUACCUGUGAUACUGGGAAUUUGGUUCGUGGCUCUCAUGAUUCCUUUCUUCGGCCCAAUCAACUCCAUAGUCGGAUCGUUCCUCACGAGCUCUAGCAUUUAUAUUUUGCCCUGCGCAGCACACAUUACGUACUAUGGGAUGCGAGCAUCGAGAAGCGGCUCCGCCGAGCCGCAUUCUUGGAUCGGCGCCUACUACUUGAACCUCGGCACGAUCGCGUGGGUGCUGAUCGUCGGCGUGGGAUUUGGCGCCUGGGCGAGCAUCCAAAACAUGAAGAAAGAGAUCGAUACCUUUGGCUUGUUCGCCAAAUGUUACCAAUGUGACCAAGAACCCUAAAAUUUAAAUUUCAUUCUGAAGAACCCUAGUCGCCCACCGCGGAGAUUCUCGCCAUUCGCUUUCUCCAGCGGACAAUUAUGAGCGCGAUCAGCACCGACACGGCGAUGAUCACCGAGAAGGCGCCAAUGGCUGUGUUGGCAACGAUUCUCAGGGCCUUGGCGGAUCGGCGCCCGGGAGGUAGGGCUCCGCCGGACGUUUUGAUCUUGAGGAACAUCGACGACGCAUAUCCUUGGCGCAGGGGCGUCACCGCGACGGUGUAGAGCGUAGUGACGUGGUAGCAGGCGCUGUCAUGGAUCCCAACCUGGAAGAACGCCGCAAUGCAGCUACAAUUCAAGAGGCAGGAUUCCUUGCAAGCAUUGGGAGAGAGCUGUGGAAUCCCUUGCAUGAAUUCCAGCGGCUGAUAAUCGUAGCCGGGGGCUUCGACGAGCUCGUGGCUGCCGCUGCUGUUGCAUCGAUCAUCCGUCAACGACAUUUCCCCCGGGAGAGAGCAUCCUCCCAGCGGAUUCGUCCGAUCGAUUGGCUCCAGCUGGAGCGAUGGAUCGAAGUCGAGGCAAGCACAGCUGUUCCAGAAUCGCACAGUACCGUCAUAGUGGAGCUUGAGGAACUUCCCAAACUGGAGGCAAAAUGGCGCGGUGAUUUUCUUGGUUGCUACCACGGACUCCAUCCUGUUAUAUGCUACAAGAUAGCAGCUCUCGAUCAUCAGGAGCUCGAGCGCGGCCAACGAGACCCCGAGGCUGGAGCUCGAGAAAAAAGCUCCCUUGGCUCCUGUUUGUGUAAGAGACACUGGAGACGAGCUUGCUUCCCGGCACGAACUUUUGUUUCGGAAGCAACAAGUCCGUGGGGUGGUCGAAGCUCUGCCAGAUGAUCUCGCCCCCGCUGCCGAGGAGGACGAGGUUUCCGGUGUCGAGGACCUCCAUAGCCACAACUCCUCGGCCCGAGGUGCCGGAGGACCACACCUGGAUGGGGCCUUGGCUCAGGACUAAGUUACCAUCUUCUCCAAACGCGAGAGUGGCGUUGGCGGAGAGUGGGAAGUCUCGGUUGGCCUGCCAGACGCUGACGACGGUGUCCGACGAGAUUGUGCACUCUACAUCCGGGAUGAGGGGGAUGGAGAUGGACAAGUAAUAGAUUGGAGAGGUGGAGCAAGCUCGCGUGAAUCCCAGCGCGUGGUUCGUGUCAACGUUGAGAAGCAUGAAGUCCGGCUCAAUACCUGACUCAAGCGUCCAUUCUGUGUUGACAGGAGCCGUGCUUAUAGCAGCAAAGACAGUGGUGCGAUCAAGGAGAACGAGGAAGAUCAUUAAAGGCAGCACCACCAUAGCCAGAGCACGCGGGAUGGAAGAAAGUUUGGAAAGAACAAGGAUAAAGGCAUUGGGGAGUCUGAAAGACGAUCACAGGUGGGCUUUUUGUAUUUUUACUGAAGCUUCACGCGUUGAUUCACUAGGACGAGAACACCAAAGAUUAAAUGCUGGACUGAUCAUUGAUAGAGGUAAUGAAACAAACUCCUCUAUCUCGGGGAUCACUAAGU